AUGUCUUUUAACGUGUCUUGGGAUGUAGAUAAAUAUAGAGAUGAUCAUGAAAGCGAAGAGCAAUGGUUAUUAAGAAAGGCUUUUAUGGAGCGAUGGAAAAACAUGUAUCCCGAAGAAAGACUCGUCUGUUUGGCCAGAGUAUUCAUUAACAUAGAGUUUAUGGGCUGUCGGUAUCCAAACGAAGUUAUGUUGGAAGUUUCUAGAUUAUCUAACGAAGUUGCAGAGGAAUAUAGGAAGAUGAAGAAGACGAAGUUACAAAGAACUUUCGUUUCUGCUUCUAUGGCCGCUGAAGAUAAGGCCAAGGGUACGAAACGAAAAGGUGGAAUCGUAACAGAGACACCUCCGAAAAAAGCACCCAAAAUAAACUUUGUACCCCAGGAAGAACAGAAACUGAUAACGCAGUGUGUAUCUGUACUUGUGAGAAAAAAUUUGUCUGAUACAAAUGAAAUUGAUAAAACAACAAUUAAUCAAGUUUUUGGGAAGAAAGAUGAAGAAGCAAAGGUUGAGAACAGUGUUGCUGUAAAAAUGAUGAAGCUAAUGGGUUGGAAGGGAGGAGGUCUUGGUGCUGAUGCACAGGGUAUACAGGAACCUAUACAAGCACAUUUACAAACGGACAAACGAUCAGGUUUAGGUUCUGGGCCUGGUCUCAAAAUGAUCAAAGUGGCGGGCUCGAAACUAAUGAAGCGUUUUAUAGCCUCGGACGAUUUAGAUAUGGAUCUAGUAUUCACGAGUGAGUUCACAAAAGAAGAGCGGGCAGCUUUACACAAGUGCGCCACGGAUCACGGGCUCGUCUCUAAGAGUUACAACAGCGAUAAUGAGAGAUAUCUUGUGGUUAAGAAAAAAUUGGACCCAUUCUCACUAGUGAAGGCUGUUAUCGCUAAAGGCGGGGACACACCCAAAUAUACAGUGUUCAUACCGGCCGCGCUGGCGAUGUGA